AUGGAAAAACGCCGUCGCGCACGAAUCAAUAAAAGCCUCAACGAGCUAAAGUCAGUCCUCAUGGAAUCCAUGAAACACGAUGUUCCGGCUCAUUCAAAAUGGGAGAAAGCCGACGUUUUGGAAAUGACUGUGCAAUACAUGCAGAUUUUGAGGAAUCAGCAGAAAGCACUAAGAACGGAUCCGUUGUCGGUUGGUCAAUUUAUUGCUGGCUUCGCAGACUGCAUUCGUCAGGUUCAGCAGUACCCGCAGCUAGAGACGAGCAUUGGCUCUGAAGGUUAUCACAAGUUGAUCGAACAUCUGGCCACGUACUUGAAGUACUUCAGCGACGAUGCGAGCAGAUUUCUGCAGAGUCAAAUCGAGCGAAGCCCUGCUCCCUCCAAGCCUCUUCUGUCGUCCUCCAGUGUCUCGCCAAUAACAGACGGUUCUCCAUUUGUGCCGAACUUCAGUGACAGUGACGACGUUCUGUGUCUUUCCCAGACAUCGCUUUAUCCUUUGCCUUACCCGCUCCUCGCGCCGUGCAGCAUGACUCAGCCUGAAUGUUUCAGUAACUCAUCAGCUGCGGAGUUUCCAAGGGCGAAGUGCAGGAAAGUCGCAACGCAGGAAAACUUGACCUUAUGGAGACCAUGGUGA